UUGUAUUGUCCCUUCACCACUAAGUCAUAAUCUAUUUUGCAAUUCAACUUAAUUAAACUUCACUGCCUCCUCAACGCAAGAACGUAUUGUUCAAGGUGGAUGAAUACGGUUGUUAAUAAUUCACCUGUUAUGUAAGAUUUUAUAAGGUCUCGUAGUUUCCUUCCUUCCCCCAUUGGACACAACUGAAUUCUUCACUCCCACUUCGAGGCUUGCCAGAAGCAGCAAAGAGGAAUUCCCUUUCCCUAAUAUGGAGCCAAAAAAACUUCUUCAAGUGGUUUUCUGUUUAUGGACGUUUUCAUGCUUACUUCUCCCUAGUCCCUCCACUGCUCUGCAUAGAGUUGCUCUGAGGAAGCAGCGGCUGCACUUUGAUGCUAUUGAGGCUGCCAGAACUGCCAAAAGGGACCCAACUUGGGCUGCAGGAACCACGCCUACGCUUCAUGGCCUGGAAAGUUCGGAUGGAGAACUCGUUCCUCUUAAAAACUAUUUGGAUGCCCAGUACUUUGGAGAAAUUGGUAUUGGCUCACCACCUCAGAAUUUCACUGUCAUAUUUGAUACAGGCAGUUCUAAUAUCUGGGUUCCAUCUUCAAAAUGUUAUUUAUCUCUUGCCUGCUACUUUCACUCCAAGUACAAGUCAAGCCGAUCCAGUACAUAUACAAAGAUAGGAAAAACUUGUGAGAUAAACUAUGGAUCUGGAUCAAUAUCUGGUUUCUUUAGUCAGGAUAAUGUUGAGGUCGGGGGUCUUGUUGUCAAAGAUCAAGUUUUCAUAGAGGCUACCAAAGAAGGAAGUCUCAACUUCGUUUUGGCAAAGUUUGAUGGGAUCCUUGGGCUUGGGUUUCAAGAGAUUUCUGUUGGGAAUGCUACACCUGUAUGGUAUAACAUGGUGAGCCAAAACCUUGUAAGUGCACAAGUCUUCUCAUUCUGGCUCAACAGAGAUCCAGAGGCCCUAGAGGGAGGUGAAAUUGUUUUUGGUGGUGCUGACCCAAAGCAUUUCAAGGGAAAGCAUACUUAUGUUCCAGUUACUCGAAAAGGUUACUGGCAGUUUGACAUGGGAGAUUUUCUAAUUGGAAACCAUUCAACAGGUGUUUGUGAAGGAGGUUGUGCUGCCAUUGUGGAUUCAGGGACAUCUCUUCUUGCUGGCCCAACGGCUGUUGUUGCUGAAAUCAAUCAUGCUAUUGGAGCUGAAGGGGUAGUUAGUGCUGAGUGUAAGGAAGUUGUUUAUCAAUACGGAGACCUGAUUUGGGAGCUUUUGGUAUCGGGGGUACAACCUGGCAAAGUAUGUUCUCAGAUUGGGUUAUGUACUCCAUAUGUGAGUAAAAUUAAAACCGUGGUUGAGGAUGAAAACAUGGAGGGAUUAGAAGCAGGGAACAGUGUAUUAUGCACUGUCUGUGAGAUGACUGUUAUUUGGAUGCAGAAUCAACUUAAACAAAAGCAGACAAAGGACAAAAUUCUCAGCUAUGUGAAUGAGCUAUGUGAGAGCUUACCAAGUCCAAUGGGAGAGUCAGCAAUUGACUGUGAUAAAAUUCCAGGCAUGCCAAAUGUUACAUUCACAAUUGGGGACAAACCAUUUAAACUUACUCCAGAGCAGUACAUUCUGAAAACUGGAGAAGGUGCUGCUAGAGUCUGUAUUAGUGGAUUUAUGGCUCUGGAUUUGCCUCCACCUAGAGGUCCUUUGUGGAUUCUUGGAGACGUAUUCAUGGGGGUAUAUCACACUAUUUUUGACUAUGGCAAUCUUGAAAUAGGUUUUGCCGAGGCUGCCUAGUUAAGCUUGUGGGGAUUACCUCUUGUUGGCAUCAUCAGUUCAUUUUGUUGCUUCAAGCAUCAAGGAGUCAAUGGUUAAUGGCGUUGUAAAUUACCACUACCGCAUCGCAUUAGGUUUCUAGGUUUCCAUGUAAUGUGAGUUUGUACUAGGCUUCCAGUUCAAUGUUGAUGCCGUUAUAGUGCAUUAGGGAAGAGGUGUCAAACAUUCUGUUUACUUUCUUAGCUCAUGGAAUGGAACAAAUUAUUAGGAAAUCCAGAGCGAUAACACAGUUCUGUUUGCAUGAACGAGAAAAGGACAAAUGCCAAAGCGAAAGCCAAAGAAAGGCUGACUGCUUAAAAUCCCAACCAUAAUCGGCCUAAGCUUAAUGAUAAUAAUACAGUUCUUAAGUUUCCCUUAGUGGCAUUUGGUCGAGCAAAGCACCCCCAGUUGUUGGAAUUUUACCUCUUAAAGACUAAAAAGUAAAUGCUUCA